CCUCUCCGGCCCCACCUCGCCGGCCCGCCGGGUCCCGGCCGGCUUUCCGUCCGAGCGCCCCGAGUCUCACUUUGUCGCGCCCCCUCCCUGCGCCCCGCUGGCCCAUCUCUCCUUGCAGCCUGACCUCACCUUUCCUCGCUAAGCGGUUUGAGAUCCUCAAGUGUAAACAGGACUCUCCCUGGAGGCUGCUCCUCCCGGCCCCUCCCCGCGGCCCGACCGUCGCUCGCUUCUCUCCCCGGACGGCGGCCGCUUCUGUUUUCUCAUUCCUUCCCCUCCGCUGGCUUUCAGCUUUCUUUUCUCUUCAUCGUCCCCUUCCCACAUACACACUGAAAGAAUCUCGAAUUCCUAAAAAUUAGAAGCGGGACGGGAGCAGCCUUCGAAAAAGCCGAGGCUGGGCAUUGCAUGGCGUUGCGUCGAGCUGUCCUCGCCUUCAUCAGCUCCCUUCCCCUGCCCCAACCGUUCGCCCUUGCCUCUCUUCCAGCCUUCCUCUAAUUUCCCCAGGGAACAUGCAGAGUGUCGCUUUGGGAAAUUAAUUCGGCCGGGGUUUGGGGGCUGGGAGCCUUGAGUGUGUGUGUGUGUGUGUGUGUGUGUGUGUGUGUAUGGGGGUGGGAGGUUGCUGAGGAGCCGUCACACAGGUCUCCCUGAGGCCUGCGAAGUGAAACGGGGGGAGCCAGUGGGAUUAACGGCGGUGGGAGAGGGGCUAUGUGUGCUGUCUGUCUGCCAAGGUGCGCCCGUGUGGCCCUCCGGCGGGCUGUGCGGUGGCAUGUGACUUCACUGAGUAGGUGUCUUUGUAUGUCUGAAAUCCAGCGAGUGUGUGGGACUGCCCGUGUCAGUUACAUGUGUGCAUGUGGAGACGAAGAUGUUCUGGAGCCAUGUUGUCGCUUUGUGAGUGCUGAGUGGUUCUGCUGUGCUCCCGUGCUGUCUCAAGAGUGUGUACCAGAAUGGCCCAAGGUUGGGCCAUGUGUCUCCCAUCGCGUGGGUGCUCCUCUCUAGCUGUGUCUGUGCAUCGCUGUCGGCCGGUGUUGGUGUGUGUGCCUGUGUUGAGUAAAUGAGGCCAGAGGGCCGCUUAGCAGAAGACCUGGGGCCCAGGUCACAUAUUCUCCUGGAAAAGGGAUCAUGGAAGGACAGUGACCAGAAGGACAGAACAGGGGAGGAGAGGGCCCGGCCCCUUGAACUUUGGUCUCUGGUAUUCUCCCUCCCUGCCUCCUUCCAUAAGCCCAGAUGGGAAAGUCAGGCCAGGGCCAUACAGACUUGGUGCUGGGGCCCAGAGAAAAGUUGACCAGCUCCUUGCUCUCCUGGCCCAAGAUGUAGGGAAAAGCCCCCGAGGUGGUGGAAAUGCCAUACUGACCUUGUGGCACAGAAAUGAAGACCUCAUGGCGGGGUGGAAGGGCAACCUCGCUAGACUGAGGGACCUGAAGGAGAAGAAGGAGAAGGUGGAGGAGAAGGCAAGCCGGAAAGAGCGAAAGAAAGAAGUGGUGGAGGAGGAGGAGAACGGGGCUGAGGAGGAAGAAGAAGAAACUGCUGAGGAUGGAGAGGAGGAAGAUGAAGGGGAAGAAGAAGAUGAGGAAGAAGAAGAAGAGGAUGACGAAGGGCCCACGCUGAAGAGAGCUGCCGAAGAGGAGGUUUGGGCUGGGUUGCUGGGCCUGAGGGGCUGUCAGGGAUGCAGCUGGGCCGGGCGCCCUUUGGACUUGGACCCAGGAUGAAGCGGAUCCCAAGCGGCAGAAGACAGAAAAUGGGGCAUCGGCGUGAGCCCCUGCCAGCAGGCUGGGGGUGGGAGGCCUCUUUGGGCCUGGAGGUGGGGGUGGGGGCAGACAAGUCCAGCCACUCUUCA